AUGAAUGUUGGCCAUUUAGAACGUGCUGCUAACUGCGGAAAAUCCCCCACUGUCAAAGUUGCCGACUUUGGUCUCGCUAAGGUUGUCGAUAGUGUCACUUUCCUCAGAACUAUGUGCGGUACACCUGCAUAUGUCGCCCCCGAAGUUGUGACCCAGCAAAACCGAGAAGGCUACGAUCACCUUGUUGACAUUCCCACCUUCGCGCUCACAACUCCACCGCGCCGUCUUGCAUCAAGCACUUCCAUUCUUGACUUCCGCACUCCAUCUCCGCCUCAUGACCUUUCCAAUCUUUCUGUUCUCCCUUCAUCAUCUGAAGAUGAAGCAGAGACACGCGAGGCGAUGUCACAGGCACCAUUAGAUGAAUUACCUAGUCCCAUGAACAUCAAUUCAGAAGGACGCGCACAAAAACGGCGAGGAUCGACCGUUGAGAUGAGCAGGAUAGCCCAGCUUUCGAUACAGGAAAUCGAGGCACUUGAGAAUGUUGCUACUGAGGACUCGUCGGAGAGCCAAGAGAUAUUGGGAGCGGUGCCUGUGGUAGCUGGUAGCACACCUAGAUAA